ACUGGACUUUGGCCUCGGGCUGCGACGGUCGUGCGCGCGGGGCGGUAAGGAACGAGUCACGCGACGAACGACGUGACGGGGGGCGUGACGGGCGUCGUGACGGGAGAUGGGACGGGCGACGUGACGAAAAGACACUCGACGGUUGGCCUCGCGGGCGACGUAAGGUCCGGCGUGACGGUCGACGUGACGGCUGUGAGCCAGGUCGUGCAGCACCGGAGCGCGAUGGCUGGCGGGCGCGUCGCGCGGUCGCGACCCCUCCGCGGCGAGGUGCCUCUGACGGGGAGCCCGGGCCACCCUGGCCACCGCGCGGGCCUACCCCAGCUGCCCGCCACCUAGGCACCCAGCACGCAGGACGGCGGCAAUGUCGCGGCGCGGGUGAGAGCGCGGUGCGCGGCCCCGGCCCCGGCCCCGGCCCCGGCGCGCCGCCGCCAUGGCGGAGAAGCUCCACGAGUACGAGGGCGUGCUGGGCCGCGUGCACGCCGCCCGGGACUGGGCGCGCGGCCUGCUCGACGGCUGGCGCGAGUCCCGCGGCGGCCGGCCGCUGGGCGAGUGGCUGGCCGCCCUCGUCAAGGAGCACCAGCCGCCCCGCGGGGAGCACACGCCCGUCGAGGCGCCGCCCGGCAUCCUCGCCGACCAGUACGCGCACAUCUACAGACGUAAGACUCGGGCGGAGCUGGUGCGCGUGUCGGCCGCCGUCAUGGGCAUCGAGUUCUCGUACGCGGCCGAGACGGCGUUCGUGUCGCCGACGCUGCUCAAGAUCGGCGUGGAGCACCGGCACAUGACGCUGGUGUGGGCGCUGUCGCCGCUCGUCGGCUUCUUCCUCACGCCCGUGCUCGGCUCGCUCUCGGACCGCUGCCGCCUCCCCGUCGGCCGGCGCCGGCCGUUCAUCGUCAUCCUCGCCGUCGGCGUCCUCGUCGGCCUGAUCCUGGUGCCGAACGGCGAGGACAUGGGCCACUCCAUGGGCGACUACUACCCCUCCAAGGACCUGCCCGCCGCCAACAGGACCGCGCUGCUGGCCGCCGGGACGCCCGUCUCGGACGCGCAGUUCUCGCACCCCUGGGGCGUCUUCUUCACCAUCCUGGGCACCGUGCUCCUCGACUUCGACGCCGACGCGUGCCAGAGUCCCGCGCGCGCCUAUCUGCUGGACGUGACCGUGGCGGAGGACCAUGCGCGCGGACUCAGCACGUUCACCAUCAUGGCUGGACUAGGGGGCUUCCUCGGCUACGGCCUGGGCGGUAUCAACUGGGACGCCACGGCCAUCGGUGAGAUGCUGGGCGGCCACGUGCGGGCCGUGUUCACGCUCAUCACCUUCAUCUUCGUGACGUGCGUCGCCUACACCGUGACGAGCUUCCAGGAAGUGCCCCUCGACGUCCUGGAGCAGGAGCGGCGGCCCAGCGUCGUGGCCUUGAACCAGCGCGCGCCGCUGCUGCACCGCGACUCGAUGGCGGGCCCGCGCUACGGCAAGAUGGAGGACGACGGCGACGGUCCCGGGGCGCACUCGUACGGCGCCACGGGGGACACCGCCGGCGACGCCGCCCCCUGGGACCCGCGGCCACCCGGGCAGAAUGCGUCGCGUCCGGACUACCUGGCCGUCGACGAGUCGCAGCCGUUGCGGGCGCCGCGGCCCUGGGAGGCGAAUGGCGCCGUGGCCGAGACCAGCUUCGACGCGGACCUGGAGUCGUCGCUACCCCGCGCGGCCGGCGCCCCGCGGCCCGCGGCCGCCGCCGACCCCGAGGAGCCCGCCACGCUGUUCCAGUACCUGCUCUCCAUCGUGUACAUGCCACACUCGGUGCGCAUGGUCUGCCUCACCAACCUCUUCUGCUGGAGCGCGCACGUCUGCUACUCGCUCUACUUCACGGACUUCGUCGGGGAAGCCGUGUUCGGCGGCGAGCCGCAGGCGCCCGACGGCUCCGAGUCCAAGGAGCUGUACGAGGCCGGGGUGCGCUUCGGCUGCUGGGGCAUGUCCAUGUACUCGCUCUCCUGCGCCUGCUACUCGCUCGUCAUCGAGAGGCUCAUCCGGAGAUUUGGGGCGCGGCGCGUGUACGUCGGCGGCCUGCUCUUCUACUCGGUGGGCAUGUUCCUGAUGGCGCUCACCCAGCACCCGGUCGGCGUCAUCCUCUUCUCGUGGACGGCGGGCGUCAUGUACUCGACGCUCUUCACCAUGCCGUACCUCCUCAUCGCGCACUACCACGCCUGCGGCACGUUCGAGGUGAACGCGCUCGGGGAGGCCGUGGAGUGCACUCAGCUGCGCGGGCUCGGCACGGACGUGGCCAUCGUCAGCUCGAUGGUGUUCCUGGCGCAGUUUGCCCUCUCCGUGUGCAUGGGCACGCUCAUCAGCAUCGUGGGCUCCACCGUCACCGUCGUGGCCGUCGCCUCGUCGCUCGCGUUCUGCGGAGCCAUCGCCGCGACCCGGGUCAUGUACCUCGACCUCUGACCUCUGUGUGCGUGCGUGCGUGUGUGUCUGUGUGUGUGUGUGUGUUCUUAUGUGUGCUUGUGUGUGUGUGCCUAAGUGUAACGUUUCGAACAUGUGUUUCCUUUACGUUCAUAUAAUUUUACUUUUUGGCGUUUGAUAUUUACGUCCCAAAAGUGUGCCAAUAUCGUAGUGGAGGAUAUAUUGCUAAAAAAUAAUGUGUUCUGCCAUGACAAAGGUGGCUGAUUAACCUACUGCUUGUGUGCAUUUUUCGUUCGGGGAGCUGUCUCCGACACGACGUUUUCGUAGUUCUCGCCAUCUCGUUCACGGUUCAUGUGAAUUACUCUUGUAAUCCUAGUUUCUAAAAGUUAGUAAUAGUGUUUAAUUCUAUUCCAUUGCAUCCUUUUUAAGCAUGGAGUACAUUAUCUUAUUCGUAAUUUUAACUCUUAACUCAUAGGUGGGGCUUCCCCGUGCUGUGUAUGAUAAUAACAAAGUUAGUGCUAUAGUUGUGUACUUUUGCGUGUCAGGUCCGACUCCUUUGGAGUCUGAUCACGGCGUUUAACUUAACUUACCUAACCGUUCGUGUUAGCCCUUUGUUGAACUUGUGGAGCGUGUAUAGUCAGCCUCGAGACUCUCUUUUGGCCGCUCAUCGAGCUAGAUGGGUUGCCUAUGGUUAAGCUCACAGGCGCACCGGAGGCGGUGGUCGCGCCCGAUCGGUAGGCAAACCAUCCGACUCUGUAUGCGCCACUGCUGCCGCAACACUGUUUCAAGUGAAAACAUUUGUUGUGGUCUUUCUUUCCCUGGCGCGUUUGCACAAAAUGAGCCACUUUCGCGUUGCUGUGAACGCACUGUCUAGUCAUGGGGGAUUUUGUGGGGUUUUCAAAUUUUUGAUCGAGGAGAAAGAGAUUAGAUAAUGCUGACAAGUAUUAGGCGCCAUAGCUUUGUCGAUUUAUUCGCUAUAUACAACGUAGAGGGAAUGACCCCCCAAACAUUACAAUGUCUUAUCACUGAAAGUGUCAAGAUAUACAAAAUAUACAAAAUGUACAAAAUUUUAA